UGUUGGGAAUUGCCUCAAAAGUAGACAAAGCUUGUCUACUUUUAAAUGGUGUGUGUAGAGAUAGGUUCCGCUUGUUGAACUGAAUGAGGAUGAUGUGUUCAGGGAGUUACCAAAUUAUUAGCAUCACAGUCAAUGCUUCAUAGACAAAGCUGCGUCAUUCGCACAUUAUUAAAGCACAUCAGCUUUGUCAUUGUUCCCUUUACCUUGACCAAUUAUGCUUUAGGACCUUAACAGCUUAGCAAUUGACCUGCACAUCAGGCUGGUUUGUUAUUCAUAUUGCUCCCCUUACAGCUUAUAAUACGAGCUUCUGAUUGAAUACAGGUUUGGAUAUGUGUAACAUUUGCUUUGUAAAACAACAAUACUGAGUUACCUAGCUAAUGAUAAUCAAGUCACAUAACGUUCUGAAACACACAGUGGCUUAUUACAGCAUGAGAAAAACAUUUUGGAAUCCCUGGAAACACUCACUCUGGGUACUGCACCUAGGCAGUAGCCAGUUAAAAGUAAUUGUUAUUAAGUCCUAUAUUUAUACUAAGCUUUAUAACCAUAAAUUAUUAUUAAAGUACAGUCGAUAUAGUAAUCCAACACAGUUAUGAUCAUAUUAUGAGGAACAAUAACAACAUGCUGGAAGUGUAACAGUCUGUAACUGUGUGUUUGAGUGCUUGUAUGGGAAUCUCACAAAAGGGAGUAAAGGGAGUGAUGUUGUAAUUGUGCUUUUUACAAUUGUAUGUGUUUUUUUUGUUUUUUUUUUACAGUGGAUUGAAUUUCCAGGGACGUCACAAAGUUACAGAGGAACAGGAAUUGGUUUAAAUUAUUUCGUUCAUUUAAUACAACUGAUUUCUGGUAUAUAUUUUACUGUUUCUGUGUGAGUUUUUGAAUUUCUAUAGGUUAGGUGAAGAUGCCUCGCCUGAAGAAGCACAACCGUUCCAUCGCGACCAAGAAGAGCAUGGAGGAACGCCUGGCAGCAGUGGUGGCAUCUGCGCCUCUGGUCUCCACCACUUGCUUCCCACCACCAACACGUGGUCCCUCACGUCGUGGUACUGGUCGUCGCCACCGUGUGAGCACCUGGCCAGUUUCACCCCUGACUGGCAGGAGUCACAAGAUGAUCAUCCCAGCCGAGUCACCUGACAAGAAGUUUGUUCUUUUUGUCGGUGAUUCCCACCUGCGCGCCAUUGUUGAUGGCCAUGUGAAGAUUUCGCACAAGCAGCUUUCUUUUGGUCUCAUGUCAACGCCAGGCGCUGACGCCAAGGACCUGAGGACUGAGAUGGUGAGUGCAGUCCUUCCCAGGACACCUGACCUUGUUUGUGUUCUUGCGCCCAGCAACAACUUGACUAAGGGGACAUUGGAUCAGGCUGCAGUGGACUUUGAGGAGCUUCUCACCAGUGCCUUGUCUCGGUGGCCGAAGUUGUUUGUCCUGGACUUCCCUCCGCGCCGGAACGUGGAUCAGGACUUGCAGGAACUUUUUCGCCAGGAGUUUCACCGUGUGGCUGCACGCAAGGGUAUGGCCCAAAAAUAUUUAGUUCAGUCUAAUUCAAGUGUGAGGUACUACUCUAUUGCAGAGUUUUUUCCUCUCAGCCAGCGUGACCUGUGGAGUUGGGAUGGGGUGCACCUGAGUGAUGGAUCUGGGAUGAGGACGCUGGUGACAUUGCUAUGCGACAAAUCCAGUCUGGAGCUAGCGAUGGCUGUUGCACAGGAGGAGUCGCGUAGCAUGUUGCCAGCUGUUCCUGCUCCUGCUCCUCGUCUGGCUCCGAGGUUGGUUGUGGUUGGAGAGGCCCGCUCUCCACGUCCGUUGCACAACCCAUUGGAUUGGAAGGUGGUUGAACCACGCAGGACGGGGAGCAGCUCGCCCCCUAAGGGAGGGAAGGUUCAGCUCAGGGAUUGUUACAUCCCUCUCACUCCUGUGUGGUUCAGCCCACCAAUGUUGGAGAUGAUGGACAGUGUCCGUCCGGGCAAUCUUGAUCAGAAGGAGCCCAGUACUUCUGCCAAGGGACCAACGGGGGUCAAGCGUCCUAGGAGCCCUUUUGCUCCAAAGAAGAGCUGUGGGAAACAGAAGGUGAAGGUGGAGGAGUGGCCUGAACUUCCCAAGGCUGUGUCGGUGGAAGUGGGGGAUUGGCCUGGAGUGCCCAAGGCUGUGGAGGAGGUCCCUGUGGAGCGUCCCCGCAGACGCAUUGUCUUCAAGAAGAGGCGUACUUCUCAGCAGCAGGUUGCAGCUGCAGAUGUUGUGGAGGUGAUGAGUGGACCAUCACCUGUGACCAUUGAAGACUGUCCCCCUCUGCACAGCUCCCCAGACCUCAUCCAAAGUUCCAUAUGAAGUUGUGAUUGUUAUGAAUUUAUUUGAAUUUGCAUUUAUAUGAUAUCAUGAGGAAAUAGCAAAAAAUAAAUACAUGUAAUACCAACAUUAACAACUGUUAAUAAAAGUUUGUCAUAUUGUAAUCCUU